AUGUCGGAAAUGGAAGUGCAAACUGUAAUUAGCAAAUAUGUUUUGGAUGCCGAUCCUCGUGUUAGAAGGAGUGCGUUGAAUUCGUUAGUAGAAAUGCAUUUAUGUGGAUGUUCUUUGGAUCAACCUUUAUAUUAUUUGGCUGUAGAAUCUUUAUCUGAUGAUUUUGAAGAAGUACGUUUACGUGGUCUUGAUUUAGUUUGGUCACUCUGCUCCUUAUAUCCUGAUUAUCGAAUGCCUUUGGCCAAUGAACAUGUGAAAGAAAAGGUGCGAUUGAUUGAUGAUGCAUUCUCAAGAGUUUGUGACUUGGUGAAUGAUGUCUCUGUAGUGGUUAGAACAAAAGCAUGUGUGAUGUUGGCUUCCUAUCACAAUGUUGAAGCUGAUGUUCUAGCGCAAACAUUUAGCAAACAAAUCAUGUCUCGUUUACGACGCAAGAUUCCUUCCAAAAAGGAUCACUCCUUCAAAAAGACAACUUCCAAAAUCCAAGCAUCAGGCGACUUUAAUGUAGACUCGGAGGAGUUUCGAAUUUUGGAUUCUGGUGCAUGUGGUGCAUUCAUUCAUGGUUUGGAAGAUGAAUAUCAAGAAGUACGGAAUGCUUCCAUAGAUUCAAUUUGUGAACUCUGUAUGUAUCAUGGAAGUCUUAUCAAACAAGCAGUAUUAUGCCUUGUCGAUAUGUUCAAUGAUGAAAUUGACAAGGUUAGAAUCAAUGCUAUUCAAAGUUUACGAAAAAUUGGUUCCAAAGCAACUCUGAAAUUUGACUCUGAAGAAUUGGAAGUGGCAUUAGGUGCUUUUGAAGAUAGUGAUAGGGUGGCUAGGCAAGCAGCUCAUGAUUUAAUGAAGGUGGCAAGAUUAUUCAAUGCAAAUGAUUUAGAAAAAUUACUAUUGGCACUCAUGGCGAAUGUGAAACGAUAUCCCGAAGACAAACUCUCUAUUUUACGGUGCUUGUGUGAAGUUGGCAAGAAGCACAGUGACUUUAUAAGUAAUGAUGUAUCUCUGGUCCCAAGUUUAUUACAUUUGGAUAAACGAUUUCUGGCAAGAGAACAACCUAUCUCUGAUUAUACCUAUACCUCCAGCGUGAUUCUUAUCAUCAAUGCUUGUACCAACGAUACAACUAUAUUAUCCAUGUUACCGAAUCAUAUAUUUGCCCAACUUUCCUAUUACAAGAGAAAAUAUCCUGAUUCAUCGAUGACGGAUGCGAUAGCAGUAGAUGUAGAGGAAUAUAUUGGGAUUACAAUGACUAUGUUAAAGACUCUUCGGAAUCAAGUACAACGUUUGGAUUUGAAUGCUGCACUUCUUACUAUCAGUACUGCAAAAAGGAAUUUUGAAUAUAUAUCGACAUUAGACCCAAUACAUGCGGAAACAUCUUAUUUGGCCAUCCUUUAUUUACAAUGCUAUGAAAUUGUCAUCGAAGCAAGAAAGAACUUAUCAACAUCUUCCUAUGCAUCCACUGCGCAAAAGUCAGCAACUUUGUUACUACAACAAUCAUACAAAAUGCAACAUUCCUUUCUAGGCUUAUCUACAGAAACUCUUCAAGUGGCAAUGUAUUUUCGGUUAUUGGCAAAUAUGAUCUGGUUAUUUGGCAUGUUAAAACAGACCCCUAUAUCUACCACUUCGCCGACCACUAUUCGAAAUAUGUUGAAUGCAUUUGUGUGCCGUGUUGAUGUGAUUCAAAAAUAUUUCAAUCCUCGGCAACCACAUUAUGCAGCGAUCAUCGAUCUACGAUCCAAUCUCAUCAAAGCCUCUGAACGACCUACUACUACCAAUAUGUCACAGCUCUACUCAUUCAUCAUGGAUUUUUUACCCUUGGAUAUUGAAUUCACGUCUGCAGUCAAACGAACAUGGUCCAUUAUUACAUCUCCCAUUCCUGAUCCCGACAAACCCAUCAAAUUUGAUCCUAUUUUUCCUAUUGAAUUGACGAUCGAAGCCAAUCUAACACAUACUUUGGAUACUAGUCAAAUUGGUAUUGAGUUCAUUUUACCUGAUCAAUCCUCUUUCUUUUUCUGGCCCAAAUCGAGUGAAUUUGUUCCUACUUAUUCUGAUUGUCAUCAACUCUUAGCAUCGGUUACUUUCAAUUUACCCUCUUGGAAAGAAUCGGACGUAGUGAUUUGUCGUAUUGUUGUUUCAUUUGAUCCUGAUUUACCUGGUUUGGAUGAUUAUAUUACCAAGUCCACGAAAAACAACAAGACUUCUCGUGGCGACUUGUCUCCUAUCCAACAUUUUUCUACCAUUGUCAUUAGUGAUCCCCUUGUUAUACAUUUAGCACCAUUCUCCGCUUUAGUAUAG